AUGCAUCCCGAGUCGUCAUUAUUACUCUUUGCGCUGCUGCUCUUUCAAUGGGCAAAUCUUGUUACUUCUAUCGAGCCGCCUACAAGCGAUACAGAAGUCACCAAAAUCGUUUUCCGCGGCGAUUCUCGCUCGCCUAAAGAUGUCAAGGCCGAUGGUGGUUUUCAAGCUCUAGGCAUCAUAGGGCCAUAUUCAAAGAAUAUGAUGGCUAAUGGCGAUUCAGCGAGUCUUUUUCUCCACAUGAGUAGAGGAUUUUUACCUCGCUCCAUUAAGGAACCCAGAAACACCAUUUACGUUUCGACGUCAAAGGUCCAGACGGUAUCUGAGGGAUACCUUCAUCUAAAGCCGGGAUAUCUUUAUCGCAUACAUGCAGGGCCGACUUUUGUCGGUCUAGUCAAGUCGCUUGGAAAUUGGUACAAGAUUUUCCACGGAGCAGAGAUGAUAAUUGAUGAUGUAGCAUAUCAGCAGGAGUACUCGGCUCCCUUCGGUAUCCCUUGGGAUAGAGUAAUGGGUUGGACAUUUCUACCUCAAGGGGCGAAUACUCCAGAAGCGGAAAGAGAAUAUGUGGAAAACGAGGACUAUAACGCGAGUUUUGAUAUGGAAACCGCCACAGAGUCGUACCCGAAGCUGGCAGCUUUCCCCCAACAGCAUCCAGGAGCACAUGAACACCCAUUCAACCAGUUUGAUGCCAAAAAAGCAUUGGAGUAUGCCAUGGAAUUCAUGGAUGCAAAUGGUGCAAGUGUACGAUGGCGUCAUAGAGUCCCAUUAAUGGGUUCUCCCCAGCACGCUACCCUAGAAGCUGCUGAGGUUUCAAAGGAGGCUCUGGAAAUAACGCAAGUCUUGAAAGACUUGGAACAUGUGUUGAUGGCUGGCGAUCCGCAGACGGGCAAUGAAGCCUCUGAGGCAGCCAAGGCUGCCUUGAAACAUGGUAACGAAGCCAUCUCAAAAGUUCUGGACGCAUCUUACAGGAUUACGGGCCAUCUGCGAGUCGUGGCGCAAAUGGUCGAAGAUUGCCCUUAUCUCGAGCCCGCUGUCUACCACGAUGCAUGGAAUUCUGCUAGCGACGCCAGAGAAACUGUAGCCAGAGUGCAUGGGGUAACCUGGACGGCAGUUGCUAAGAAGCUAAAGCAACAGGUUUCGUAUGAUAAAGAAAAAUUGUUGACGCCGAAUAUACAGCAGGCUGCUACUAUGGUGGAGCUCUACGCUGAUAUGGCAAGGGGGAAGCUUAACCAGAAGAUAAAGUCGAGAGCCAGACUAAGCGUUGCACUAGAGCAUAAAGAAGAUUCGGUUCAGGUUCAAGAGGUAACGAGCACCAUCGGGAUGGGAUUACGCGAGGCAAAGUCAGCAGCUAUACAACGAGAAGUCGAUGUCCUUUCCAAGGUCAUCCCACAUUAUCAACAGCAGUACAAGAGUCUCAAGGAAACAAAAGAUGAAAUUAAAGAAAUUGCAGACCAGGUACUGGACGAGAUUAAAAAGCAGGAAAUGGAAGCGGCAAGAACAAAAGAGGAGGCACAGAAGGUCCAGGAGAGGAUGUCGAUUGAGCAGAAGGCAAUUGUGGAUGCGAAAAUGAGGCAGAUGGAUACAAUACGCGAGGCGGAGAAACUCGAUGGCCAAGCGGCAUCUGGCACUUGGUUCGAGACAGCGCUUGUUGGGCUCGGCGCUACCGUGUUAACACUUACUGCCGCAGGCUUAACUACGACUGCGGUGGCUACUGGUGCAAUAGGCGGAACUUCAGCUACCUUGGGAGAAGUAUUGUCCGCGCGCACCUUGGUGCAAGAUACCAUCCAGGUGGCUGCUGAUAACAACCCGAUAGUGCACUCAGUCCAUAGGGAGCCAGUAAUUUCUCAAAGCUCAGCACAGCAACUGGUUCGCGAGCCAGCACGGCAGCAUCGACGAGAAGUCGUCAAGCCGAACAGUAUCGAUACGUUGGUCGGAGGUCAAGAUAUCUCUCACAACCUACGGCAAUUAAUGGCGCUAGCGAUAACGCCUAUGGUUGAGCGAAUUUUGCAAUCGGCUUUGAUGGACACUUUGGAUGAAGCUUACCGUGAAUUUAGUCUAUAA